CUCAAUUCAGACGUCCCCUCCUCCAGGAAGCCUUCCCAGUUCCCCCAGGGCCAGGUGCUCUGGGUGGCUGCUGUCAUGGAGAGCUCCCUGAUGGGUGAGCGGUUCCACAGGGUCACGCCUCUGCUGGAGAGCUGGACACUGUCCCAGGUGGCGGGCAUGACCGUCCUCCUCAAGUGUGAGAACGUGCAGCAGACCGGCUCCUUCAAGAUCCGGGGCAUCGGGCAUUUCUGCCAGGAGGUUGCCAAGAAGGGAUGCAGACACCUGGUGUGCUCCUCAGGGGGUAAUGCAGGCAUUGCUGCCGCUUACGCCGCUCGGAAGCUGGGCAUCCCUGUCACCAUUGUGCUUCCUGAGAGCACCUCCCUGAAAGUGGUGAGGAGGCUGCAGGGGGAGGGGGCCCAGGUGCAGCUGGCUGGAAAGGUCUGGGACGAGGCCAAUGUGCGGGCUCAAGAGUUGGCCAAGAGAGACGGCUGGGUGAACGUGUCACCAUUUGACCACCCCCUGAUAUGGGAAGGCAAUGCCAGCCUGGUUCAGGAGCUGAAGGCAGCACUGGGAGCCCCACCAGGUGCCCUGGUGCUGGCAGUAGGGGGCGGAGGUCUGCUGGCCGGGGUGGUGGCUGGCCUGGUGGAGGUGGGCUGGUGGCAUGUGCCUGUCAUCGCCGUGGAGACCCGUGGGGCGCACUCUUUCAAUGCGGCCAUUGAGGCCGGCAGGCUGGUCACUCUGCCAGACAUCACCAGUGUGGCCAAGAGCCUGGGUGCCAAGACAGUGGCCGCGCGGGCCCUGGCGUGCACGCAGGAGUGCACGAUCCUGUCUGAGGUGGUGGAGGAUGUGGAGGCCGUGAAUGCUGUGCAGCGGUUCCUGGAUGACGAGCGUAUGUUGGUGGAGCCUGCCUGUGGGGCAGCCUUGUCUGUCAUCUACUCAGGCCUCCUGGGACGGCUCCAGUCCGAGGGCCGCCUCAGCCCCUCCCUGGCCUCAGUUGUGGUCAUUGUGUGUGGAGGCAACAGCAUUGAUAGCCAAGAGCUCCAGGCCCUGAAAGCCCAGGUGGGCCAGAGCUAAGGGAUCUGGCCUGAGAGGGUCAGCCAGGACCCAGAGACCCCCAAGAGGCUCAUGGACCUCUUUGUGGCUGGCUGAGAGGGACAUAUGUGCCAGCAGACAGCAGUGGAAGCUACUGUUCUUCUGUGCCAGCUGCCUCCUGCAGGAAGCCCUCCUGACCACUCCCUUUGGCUCUGCUGCAGCUCCCGCCAAUAAACCCUUUCUGAGUUGAGUGUGUCACUCCCAUGGG